GAGCGUAUGGUCGGCACCGGCAAGGGCGGCAAGGGUGGUGUGUCUAGUGCUGCUGGCUCUCGACCUGCUGGGCCCCCGCCCACCAAGAGGCGCACUCCUGCAAACGGAGAUGUUGUCAUUGGAGAGGAGGAUGAAUGGGAUGGAGAUGACUACAUGCGGGAGUUGUGCAAGGCUGAGUUGCUUCCCCUUAUCGAAGAGUGGAAGGCCCAGGUCAAGGAUGAGCUGGGCAGGUCCGUCAAAGAGUCCGUCGCUGCUGGCAACAAGACUGUACUCGAAUUGCUCGAAGCUGUUCGCCAGACGGUGCAGGCGCACGACACGGCGAUCGACACCCUCAACCGUCGCCUGGAUGACAUGCAGCGUGCGUUGGCGCUCGCCAGUGAGAGACCUCAGCCACCUCCGCGGGUUCCUGCGGGCUUCGACCGUGACAUCGACGGCACGAUCGUGGUUGCAAUGGCGCAGAAGCACACUACGGUGGCCCAUGUACGUGAAACCCUGCAGCCAUUUAUCAGUGGGCUGGGAUAUGAGUCGACUGAAUAUGAGAUCAAAGCAUCAGGUGAUGAACCAUCCAAGCGCUUCGUGGUUGCAUUCAAAGGAGCCGUGGCCCCUGCGACGCGCAAGGCGCACACGGUGCUGCAGAACCUCAAGGUGGACAACCAGUGGAGGGAGUUCACAGUCGGCGUCACAGGCUCGGCUGACUGCAGGCUCUUCCUCGGACCAGACAAAAGUCCGAAACAAAUUAAGACAGAGAUACUACUUCGGCGGUGCCGCUCGGAGAUCGCGAAUGUGUACCCACAGGCCAAGCUGUUCUCGGACCGUGAGCGAGGAUGUCUGCUGGUGGGCUGGGACAAGAUUCUCAAAGUGGAGGUUGGCGCGGGACAGGAUGAAUCAAAGCUCCAUUGGGGGCCCAACCGUAUCACGAAGAACAACGUGGACAUCGAGCGACUGCGGGCAUGCACCAAAUGCUUG